CCAGCCCCCUUGUCAGCGGAGCCAGGAGGUGAACCACAGGAAGAUCCCAGCCCUGUACACAUGGGGCAGAGCCAGCCAAGAAGCAAGGAGAGGCCAGAGCCGCUGUUCUGUGCAGCCCACUCGAGGAUGUCUCCCAGCCUGCAGGAAGGGGCUCGGCACGGGGAAAGCAAACCCUCGCCCUGCUCCUUUUCAAUUGAGAGCAUUUUGGGAUUGGACCAGAAGAAAGACUGUGUUCCAUCAAUGAAACCCCACAGGCCCUGGGCAGACACCUGCGGCUCCUCAGGGAAAGAUAUUAACCUAUGUGUACAUAUCCCGAGCCUUCCUAACGGGAUCUCAUUCCCUUAUACUGUGGAUCGUCCAGUGCCAGAAGAAAGAUUUUUGAAAUAUGAAAAUUACUUUUCACCCUCAGAAAGACUGUCUUUGAAAAGAGAACUGAGUUGGUAUAGAGGACGAAGACCAAGAACCGCUUUUACUCAAAACCAGAUUGAAGUGUUGGAAAAUGUCUUUAGAGUAAACUGCUAUCCUGGCAUUGAUAUCAGAGAAGACUUAGCUCGAAAACUGAAUCUAGAGGAAGACAGAAUCCAGAUCUGGUUCCAAAAUCGGCGUGCAAAGCUGAAAAGGUCCCAUAGAGAAUCACAGUUUCUAAUGGCGAAAAAAAAUUUCAACACGAAUCUCCUGGAGUAGACGGAAAACUGACCACGUGAGAUUAUUUUACAAUUGCAGAACCCGAGGAAUCAAUGGAGAUAUGAAAUUUUAAAAAGUGUGAUCUUUUCUGCAUUUAAUCUGAGUGUUGUCAUUUUUCUUCCGAAAAUAUAUUGUAAAUAUUCACUAUUAAAACGUGGUACCUAUUAUACAUGGGCACUUUUAGUUACAAUAAAGGCCUUUCCUAUAUAUUUUAAUAAACAUUUUCAGAAAAAGCCAGCUAUUUUUUAAGUGAGCAAAUUUAAUCUAAGAAACUAGUUCGCUAAAAUCAGCAAGCUCAUGACUAAGUGACUCCACAAGCUGGAUUCUAUUUACAGAAUAAUUCAAGUAAAAUAAUCUGGAGAAUGGCACAAAGAUAUGCUCUGUUUCAAUUAGUUUUCUUCAAGUGCAUUUUGAAACAUGAUUAUUAGCUCCUCUUAAUUUCUGACAUACAGCAGUGAAACUUUCUCACCACGUAUCAAUACAAAUCCUUCUAGCAUGUUUCCUUCUAACAGUUUCAAGCUGUUUUUUUUUUUUAAGCAAAAUCAUUAUGCCAAAGUAGAGAUAGAAAGACAUCAGUUGUCAUAUUCAUACCCUUGGUAUUAUAUUGCAAAAGGGAUUGAGCUGCAAAUACAUGCAAAUUUUAAAAUAUUUUCCUACCUAUUUAAUGUUGUGUUUUACUUUCAUUCAUUAAAGGAAUAAUGAUCAUCGGGCUAAUAUCUAUUUCUAGUUUAGUGGUUUCCAAACAACUGUAUAUUUUGUUGUUAAAAGUAAUACGUUGACUGAUGAGGUAACUGAUCUGCCUUUUGUAUGUGCUGCGACAUAGUUGCUAGAAAAAAAUCAGGGCACUUUUUUGGGACAAAAACUAUGUAUUUUUCUUGCACUUGCCAUUGUACCUAUCAACUAAAGAUGGGAAGGAAUAGGUAAGAUGCAUCACAAAAAAGAAGUCCUACCACUGGAAGUCUGGGUGUUUGUUUUCUAGUUAAUUAGUGGAAGGCCAGAGUGGGUAUGCUCUUUGAAAUGUUUGCUUGAGGACUUUGACUUGGUCUCCUGGAAACUAUAUUUCAGCUGUCCUCAUUGAGUUGAAUCCUCCCCUCCCUUUUCUUUCCUGCUCCUCUGUUCUC